AUGCACGCUGAUGAUACUAGUAGCAAUAAUAAUAAUGAUGGGGUUGACAAGGCUUUACUACUCUAUUCGCUCGCACUAUUGGAAGAGAGCGGCAAAGCUAGCUCAAUAGCUGACUGUCUGGAUGGAGAUGGGUUGCUGAAUCUAGACAAGCUCCGAGAGGUAGGAGAGGGCGAAGAUGCAAUUCGGGAAGCCCUUUCUUCAUUGGCAUCAGCAUUAGAAAGAGAACAACAGCGUAAAGCCUCCAGGUCGGUCACAACUGGAAGCCAAGGAACAAAGAAAACAAGAAAACCCCGUUCAACUAAAUCCCAUCGCCCCUACUAUCUUGGAGAUGAUGGAACUGUCAUCUACUUGACCCCAAAGGAGACAGUUUGGUAUCUGCUAUAUGUACGCAAUCCACCCAAAGAAGAUCCCAUUUUCCUGAGACGUUUUCGAAGAAGAUUUCGCCUUCCACAUUCUGCCUUCCUGGAAUUAGUGGAGAAGACUAGUGUUUCUGGGAAGUUCCGGCGAUGGCACAGAAAGGAUGCCAUGGGUCAAGAUUGCUCCCCAAUUGAGCUUAUGAUUCUGGGAGCACUUCGCUACCUUGGCAGGGGCUUAACCUUCGAUGAUCUCGAGGAAUUUACAGCAAUAAACGAGGAAACUCAUCGCCAGUUCUUCCAUGUAUUUAUCGAAUUCGGAUCAACAAAUCUCUUCCAGAAAUAUGUCUCUCAUCCAGUGAAUGCAGAACAAUACCGGACACAUCAACAUGAAUUCAAUAUGGGUGGACUCCAUGGUGCUGCAUGGUCAAGCGAUGCAACCAACGUCAUAAUGUGGCGCUGCACUCACAACUUGAAACAGGCAAAUACUGGUUUCAAACAGAGUCAUCCUGCACGAUCCUACAAUCUGACAUGCAAUCACAGGCGGCAGAUCCUGCAUACUACCAAAGGUCAUCCCUCUCGAUGGAAUGACAAGACAUUGGCCUAUCAUGACGAAUUUCUUUACAGUUUGAGAAAGGGAGACAUCUUACAAGAUGCUAAGUUUACGCUAUUGUCAUGGACCGCACAGGUUGGUGGUCCUGUAAAAGAAUCCCAGUAUUGUGGCUCUUGGGGAUUGGUGGAUAAUGGGUAUCACCGCUGGUCCUGCACUCAAGCGCCAGGCAAAGCUGACUUGACUCUGGCUGAACGUCGUCUCUCAGAGUUCAUAGAGUCAUUUCGAAAAGACGUAGAGUGUACAUUUGGAAUUCUCAAAGGGCGAUUUCGAAUCCUCAAAACUGGCAUUAGAUUGGAAGGUACGCAAUCAGCAGACAACACGUGGCUCACUUGCUGUGCCCUCCACAACUGGCUUCUCGAUAUUGAUGGGCUCUCAUCGGAGUGGCAGAAAGGAAUUCGAAGUGAUUGGGAGGGAGAGCUUGGUGACAAUGAAGCAGAUGGAUUUGCCGAGUAUGCCCCAUUUGCUGUUCAAAGAUUGCAGCAGCCAGAGAUCGCACAAUUCGGCAGCAGAGAGCAUGAAAGGAGUGUGGCACGACCACGUCUCUUGGUACCGGAAGUUUCAAUGGAAGAUAAUGACGCUGGUGCAGAGGACGACACAUCGGAAGGGUGUGGAGACAGUGUCAAUGAAGAUGGGGCAAUCUACAUUAACUCUCUGUCCUACAGAGAGUUUCGAAAUCUUCUUGUUGAGCAUUUUGACAUUCUGUGGAGACGCAGAGCAAUUGUCUGGCCUACUAAAAAUUAA